AUUUUUGGUUCCAAGUCAGCUUUUGGGAUGUUGAGUUUAUAUCACCAGCCAUGAAACCUUCUCCGUUACUACUGUAUGAGGCUUCGAGCCCAUUUAUAUGUUGUUGGAUUUAGCCAUUUGGGCCUGCUGACGAAAUCUGCUGCUGAUUCUCAGUCAAUAGUUGUUUAUCUUUCCGAUUGAUAUCACCCUUCCAAGCAUCUACGGCGAAUCAUCAGAGAGAGAGAGAGGUAAUCUGCUUCCCUACACCGCUCGACCUCUGUCUCCCGCAGCUGGGUUUUCUCUUUGUAACUUGCCGGGGGCUUCAGUCCGGCGAUCAGCGGAUUCUUCGCCGAUGUGAAGAGAAAAAAGGAAAAAGGUGGGAACUUUGACUCUAUUUCCAGUCCAUUUGCACUUCUAUUUGCCGAUGGAAUUUGUAAAACUGUCACUCGAAUUUUUGGCAAAAUUGGAUUAGGUACUUCUGUAGUUGUGUUUCCCCCAAUUCCAUUUUACGGUCAUCCUUUUGUAGCUCGUUCUUUUUUAUCUAUCGAUAAUCCUCAGUUCUGUUCAUUUGGAAUUCAAUUAUCAGUUAUACCCGUCAAUCACCCUGCUCAUUUGCUCUAGGCAUUGCCGGGUUAUCCUUUCUAUCUCGCCCGGGAGCUUCAACCAGCAACUGGCUCUUGUCUUCGCCGAGGUAAACAAAGCAAAAAGUUGCAGACUUUGACUCAGUUUCCACUUCAUUUUACAAUGAAUCUGCAGAACCGUUAGAUUGACGAAGUUGAGAAAUUGAGGCAUCACAAAGUUUUCACAGGUUCUAGCUUUCAUCAUCCUCGAACCGAUGGCUGCUGCAGAACUGAAGACCGAGAAUGUCGAUGUCAAACCAGUGGGGAAUGCAGCAGCAGCAGCAGCACCAUCAGUUAACGUAAGGGUGUUGUUCUUUGCCAGAGCUCGAGACCUAACUGGCGCAGCAGAUACUUUGUUGGAGGUGGCAUCGGGCAGCACAGCAGGCGACUGCUUGGUCGAACUGAUUGCUAGAUUUCCCGGGUUGGAGGAGAUUAGAGAAUGUAUGGUGCUCGCCCUGAACGAGGAGUACACAUCGAAUUCUGCAGUCGUCAAAGAGAACGACGAGCUGGCCAUCAUACCUCCCAUCAGUGGUGGUUAGGUACAUUCACCUUCCAAAUUGUAUAAGCACGCGAUUGUGCUCGUUGUAUGAUCAAAUGCUUCCUGUAUGUGGUGCAAAAGAUGUUCAACUUUUACAUAGACAAUGUCAAACCUUGUGGAAAAAAAAUGAAAAUAAGAUUUCUAGCUAGCAAUGAUACGACUUGGCAAAGCUUGAGAAUGUAACAGCUUAGGCAGCUAUUGCAAAUGUGCACUCUAUUGCUAAUCAGAUUCUUCUGAGAUUAAUAUAAAGGAGGGGGGAAAACGCAUCCAGAAAGGUUCCCCUGCUUCUGUUUCCAAUUUCCGGCCACUGUUUCUCAACUUGGUCGUAAACCCCUAAUGCUAAUCAGAUUCUUCUGAGAUUUUGCUUUCCUUCCGCCCUUGAUUUUAUUAUGGAUUCCUUGGUUCUUCAUGGAGGUGAACAAACCGAGCUCAUUCCUUCAACUCCAGGUACAAAAUCCAUUAGAAAAGAAAAAAGAUAAAAACAGGAAAAUCUGUUUUUUUGUAUUUCUGUUUAUUCCCCUGUUUCUAUCUUUAGACUCUGCCGUUCCUUUUUUAUGGAGCAGGCCUAUAGUCGAGGAUGUGGCAGAACUGUUCAUAUCGCUCGCGGUGGUGGUGGUGCAGACGUCGGUGGUGGUGAUCGAGAGCAAGGCGAAGAAGCAGAUGAUGGCGGUGAUCAACAAGCUGAUGUGGAUCGCCUGCGUUCUGAAAUAUCUGAACUUUAUUGCAACUCUGGAACAAGAAUCCAUGGGAAGGACAGAAAUUAAAGCAGCAACAGCGAGCGGGAAGAAAGAAUGAAUGAAGCCCACGAAGGGAAAAUCUCAAAGCAACCGCCUGCUGUUAUGCUUACAGAGACAGAGAGAGAAGCACCUUGCCGGACUCGCAACUCUAAUCCGCUGGGAAUCGAUCUUCCGACGUUUUCGACCGCUAUCUCUCUGGUUUCUCCGAUGUAAAUAAAUUUUUCAGCAGAGGACGAAAGGUUAGUUUGGAAGUUCAUAGUUCUCUGUAUAAUUCGCUCUAUUUUUCGUGUAAUUUUGCAGUAUUUUUCUGCUCAUUUCGACUAUUUCUCGGGAAUCUACGCUACCCGCAUGGCAAUAUAUCGCGGAAAACCAAAAUAUCGCAAUAUAUCGCGAUAUAUCGCCAUAUAUCGCCAUAUCGUCAAAAUACCGUCAAUUUCAAUUUAUCGUCAAUUUCUCGCGUUUCGAUUUCAGUUUUGAGGACAGGAAACGUUUCGCGUUUCGACGUUUCUCCAGCCGUUUCACCCCUCGGCCACACGUUUCUACAGCUUACCGGCUUUAGGGCCAGGGUUGGCCGAAGUUGGGCCCGGCCGAACAGGCCCGAUUCUGGCAUCAGGCCUACAACUCAAGCUUGGGCUUGCUCACUUCGGCCUAGCCUAUACAAUGUUGUGUAGCUUGAAUAGUUCUUCUGGCCCGUCCAAAUAAUGGGCCAGUGGCACCAGCUUCAGAGAAAGAACGAAACGCAUUGAGACAACUCAGAAACGCGGAACGGCAGGCCGAAACGCGAAACGUUUCGGGUCCUCAAAACCGAAAUCGAAACGCGAGAAAUUGACGAUAAAUUGAAAUUGACGAGAUCUCGCGAUAUAUUAAAAUAUCGCGAUAUUCAACGAUAUUUUACGAUAUUUUGACCGGAAUAUCAUUUCCGACGAUAUUAUGACCCGCAGGGGAAUUCAUAAGCCAGAAAACUUCUCCGGCGAGCGAUCUUUGCCGUUCUUUCCUUCCCUUCCGCCCGUUCAACUGAAGCGUUGAUAAUUUCGCGCCGGAUUCCCCUAUCUGUUCGCCUCAAAUCGCUAAUUGAAAGAUUCCAAGAUUUAGUUUCGUGGUCUCCGUAAAGCAUCAGCAGAUGCAGAACCUUGAACCUUUCAAAGCAGAGACAUGGCUGCCGCAGUAAGCCCCGCCGCCGUUGAUUCCCUCCGGAUCGAAGCUGACUGAGCAAGGGAGAGGCGAGAGAUUUGUUUGAGACGGAUGAUUUUGGAAGGGGCGGGGGGUGAUAUGUGAAAAAAGACGAACGAAAACUGAAAAUUAGGGAUUUGCAAUGCAGGACAGAGGAAAGAGGAUGAGAGGAAGAAGACGACGACGACACUGAAACUACGGAUUUGCUUCAUUCUAGGGGCCGGGUCAUCUUCAUCAUUCCAUUCCAUCUCUUCAAAAUUCAAAAGAUAGAUGGGCUUCAACCUUCAAGAAACACUAGUCACUAGCCCACUAACAUAAAAAGAUGCGGUCCAUGUCAAUUAGGAUCAAAAUAAGUCAUCAUUUCGAGUAAAAUCCAAUCAAUAGAGACUAGAGAAAGGUAAUAAGUUUGGUACGAUUUUAGUAUUUUAAGUAUAUUUGUAUCGAAUUUGUCGAAAUUUAUAUUCUAACUUAAUCUAGACUCCUUCACUUGAAUACUUUGUUCAUCCAUAUCCUAAAAUAUUAUAAUUAUCUCUUAGACAUUAAAUUUUUUUAUUUUUUUAAAUUGACAUGUCAUUAGCUUAACGGUCUAUUCAGCAGUUCUGUUUGCCACAUCAGCAAAAAAUUGACAGAGUUAACGGAGUCUGACGGAGUUAACGGAGUCUGACGGAGACUAACGGCCGGUGACUAACGGUGAAACGAUUCGUAAAGUUAGUGGUGAAUAAGAAAGAAAAAUAAUUCGGGUGGCAAACGGUGAAACGAUUCCUCCAACAAGCCACACCUUGGCUCGUUUAAAGGAGUUGCAACUGCAAAUUGCUGCUGCUAAAAGCCAAGUCAAUGCGUGCAAGGAUUGCAUCAACAGCUUCACUUAUGAGAGGGGACGGGUUAGCAUGCUAACCCCCUUAAGGGGUUGAUUUUUUGACACCCCCCUUUUAAUUGGUCAAUUUUUCAUUAAUCAUUGACAAGUAUUAAUGAAAGUAAACAUAAUAAAUGUUCUGUUAUUAAAUACAAAGUAAGCAUUAAAUACAUCACAUUAAUUACUUGUUUUUAAAAAAAAUCUAAACAUAUACAAAAUACAAUUCUCUCUCAUCUUUGAUAUUUCUCACUCCUAUCUCUGAUUCUUCCUUUCCGAGCAGCCUCCGACCACCAAGUUUCCUCCGACCACCACACUUCGCCGGUAAAAUCCGCCGACAAACUCUCUCCGGUCACAUGCAAAAAUAUACCACUGCACUGAUAUGUUGUACCACUUUACUAGUAUUUGUACCACUGCACUGAUACUCAGAUAUGACAUUGGUAUCAGUGCACUGAUAUCGCUACCAGUGCAGUGGUAUAUCUACUAGUACAGUGGUACAACGUAUCAGUGCAGUGGUAUAUUUUUUGGAGGUGGUCGGAGGGAGUCUGCCGAUGGGAUUUUCACAAGAGAAGUGUGGUGGUCGGAGACUGCUGAAAAAGGAAAAAUCAGAUAUAGUGAGAGAAAAUGUAUUUAGUGUAGGUUUUAAUUUGAAAAAAAAAACAAAUAAUUAAUAUGGUGCAUUUAAUUCCUAAUGUGUAUUUAAUGUGUGUAUUAAAUUCUAUAGGUGUAUUUAAUAUACUAGGGGGUGUCAUUUUUCCAACCCAAGGGGAUUAGCAUGUUAACCGACCCCCUUGUGAGAGUGGUGCUUUGAAGAGAGCUGAUCAUCCUUGUGAGAAGUAUUACUUCUGAUCUCGGUGGCGUUCCUCGCGCUGUCGUUCGUGGUGGUCGGCGAUUACCGUGGCGAUCAUCGGGACGGUGAUCAUGGCGACCACCCUCGGCACGAUGUGUUAUUGGGUGAUUAAGCACCGGAUUGAGGUGUCCAAUUUGAGAAGCAUUCGCCGGAAUUCUAUGGAUAGUCGGUCUCGAUCGUUCUCAGCUUCGUAUAUGUCGGAUUCCGAGUUGCGUAAUAACGAGUUCAAAAACAUGUACGCCAUUUAGAACCGACUCCAGCCCCUGCACAUUCUCAUCUUUUGCUUACACCUCGUGUAUAUUUUUCUCACCGAACUAAGCAUAGAAAUAGCGAUGCAAGUAGAGGUGGCAAUUAGUAUCCAAAUCCAUGAAUCCAAUCCAAAUUAUCCACCUAAUCUAAUUCAGUUAAAUCCAAAUUCAAAUGAAUUGGUGGAUUCAUGGAUCAAUCCAUGUAUCCAAAUGACAAAUUACGAUUUGGUACAUGUAUUUUUUAUAUUUUACAUUUUGGUACCUAAAAUUUAUAUUUUUAUACGAAAAUAACAUUGGGAAAUUACAUUUUGGUACCUAAAAUUUUUCAUCGUGGCUUUUUAGUACCUAAACUUUUGAAAAAUUACAUUUUGGUCCAAACCUUGGAUGUCAUUUGGAUUCAUAGAUCAAUCCACCAAUCCAUUUGAUCCAUUGAUCCACCAAUCUAAUCCACGAAUCCGAUCCAUUGCCACCUCUAGAUGCAAGUAUUGGAGUAAUCCUAGCAGCAGGAUUCAAUAAAGGAAAGAAAGGAGGUUUCAAUCCAUGUACAUUUCUAGUAUGUCUUCAAGCGAAGUUGGUAUUAUACAUUGUUUAGUUUGUAAUAACUAAUGACAUUCUGUCACGUGGUUGUCUAGAUUUGUAUUUCUGGUUUAAGCUGGCGAACAACUACCCAAUAGAAACAGAGCAAACCCUGCACUUUGAGGGUCGUGCAUUCCACAAUUUCUUCCAAAAGUUUCAAACAUACAACAUUCGUGAUACUAACUUAAUUAUCGUUUCGAUCUCGAUAAUAGCAGAAAGCGACAAUGAUGGACCGCAGGACUACCAUAGUUAUUUGAAAAAAUUUAUGUGGACUUC